AAUAUAGGUAUAGUAACAAAACAACACGAACUUAGAAAAAACAAUCCGCUGUAGUUAAUUUUAUUUUGUUAUGCGAAUUAAGUGAAUUGAAUUCGCAUAAUUGAUUUCGCAAAUUGAAAAAAAAAAAAAAUGCAUUAUACGCUGAACAGUCUAAUGCAGUUGCCUUCUUAACAUUCUAAUAUACGUAUUUGCACGCCAACUUAUGAAAAUGAACUGCUCUGGUUAGGACAUUACAUUUGCCUUCAAUAAAAGCAGAAAUAAUAAUUUGAAUAAAAUGGAAAACGGUUCUAUGACAUUGACACAAGAGCAAAAACAAGCUGUGGUAGAAUUUGUAGAAAUUAUCAACCAUACUCGAAAGGUCCAGAAUAAAACAAUAAUAUCACCAUCAAUAGCUGUUAAGUUCCUAUGUGCAAGGAAAUUUGAUGUUGCCAGAGCCAUAACUUUAUUUAAACAACACGAAGAAACUAGACUACGUGAAGGUCUAUUUGGUUUUAACUGUUCCGAUAAACUACUGAAAACUGAAUUACAAACUCAGAAAUUUACAAUUUUACCAACACGAGACUCAACUGGUGCUGCCAUAGCAAUAUUUACUGCACGCUACCAUAUCCCACAUCUGUCUUCACAUCAAACUACUCUACAGGGUAUUGUUUAUCAAUUGGACGUUGCCCUUGAAAAUAUUAAAACUCAGAAGUGUGGUUUGGUAUUCAUUUAUGACAUGUCAGAUUCCAAGUAUGCCAAUUUUGACUAUGAUUUAAGCCAGAAAAUUUUAACACUUCUAAAAGGAGGAUAUCCAGCAAAACUAAAGAAGGUACUUAUAGUUACAGCGCCAUUAUGGUUUAAAGCUCCAUUUAAAAUUUUAAGACUGUUUGUACGGGAAAAGUUAAGAGACAGGGUUUUUACAAUAAGCUUACCACAGUUGAUUCAACACAUACCUAAAGAAUCAUUGCCAAAACACUUAGGUGGCACUGUUGACAUCGAACAUAAUAAAUGGUUAGCUUACUGCUUAAAUUCUAUGACGAACAGUGAUAAAUAUGGAAAUUCGGCUAUGUCCGACCACAUAUGCAAUUCAAAUAAUACAAAAAAAGAUUCUGUUCCUGACCCUAAGGUGAAUAAUUUGAUAAAAGAAAACGAUGUCGAUGAAGAAUGUGCAAUAGUUAAAAAUAACUUGUCAUCAACCUGGUCAUGCAAUACAGUCAAUUUAAGAGAAGAGAGUUCUCCAAUGCCACCUUCAUCAGUUAGCAGUGGUUUUUCGGAUGAUGACAGUUUGCAUUGUGAUUCUAGUCAAAGUUUAACAAUUAGUCAAUUUGUUGAUUAUGUGUUAAAAAAAAAAAGAGCUGGUCUCAUUAAAGAAUAUGAAGAAAUUAAAACAAGAUCACCUGAUGGUACUUUUUCUGCAGCCAGGAUAAGGCCAAAUUUACUGAAAAAUCGUUAUACGGAUGUACUCUGUUAUGAUCAUACAAGAGUAUUGUUAGCCCAGUCAGAUAAAGAUCCCCUGUCUGACUAUAUACAUGCUAACUUUGUGGAUGGGUACAAACAAAAAAAUGCUUUCAUUUCAACUCAGGGUCCUCUACCACACACAUGUGUUGAUUUCUGGCGAAUGGCAUGGGAACAACAAGUAUUGGUAAUUGUAAUGACGACAAAAGUUUUUGAAUGUGGAAAAGUUAAGUGUGAACAAUAUUGGCCACCGGAAGAAUCGUCUGAAGAUCAAGUUUAUCAGAAUUUCAAAAUAUCAACCAUUUCCAUUAAUCAGUUUGAUAAUUAUGCUGUUACAAGGCUCCAAGUUUUAAAUACUAAUACUAAUGAAGUAAGACGAGUAUCUCAUUUUCGAUUUAAUUCGUGGCCGGAUUUUGGUGUACCACACAGUGCUGUGGCAAUGUUGGAUUUUCUCGGCAAAGUGCGCAAAUGUCAAUCAUCUAUGUUACAAGAUCUAGGAGAUAAAUGGGCUGGUCAUCAACGGGGGCCACCAAUUAUAGUGCAUUGCUCAGCUGGCAUCGGAAGAACAGGAACUUUUUGCACGUUGGACAUAUGCAUAAAUCGCCUGGAAGAGACUAAUACUGUUGAUAUAAAAGGUACAGUGGAGCGAAUCAGAUCACAGCGUGCCUACUCUAUUCAGACCUCUGAACAGUACGUGUUUUGUCACUUAGCCUUGAUAGAAUAUGCAUUAGCCAGAGGAUUCUUAAGUUCACCACCAGAUCUCAGCGAUUUAAAACCACUUGAUGAUUCAGACUGAAUUGAUGGCCAGCUGUAUAAUACGUUUCUUUAAAACAAUUUAAAUAAAAAUGUAUGCGUGGAUAAUCAGAAACCAAGGGCAAGCAUGGACCUAAUUUGGUCUGUUUGUAAUCGUUUUCUAACAAACAAUUGUAUUUUUAUACAAUAUAUAUAUAUAUUGUGUACUUGCUACAUAAUGGUUAUUUUUAUGAAAAAAACAUAACAGAUCUGACUUAUAUUUGUGAUUUGUCUGAUCAGCAGUUCAUAAUUUUAAUCAAAGUAUAUAUUUCCCUCCGGUCUCCAUAUGGUAUAUUGUAAAUUUUUCUUUUUUCUUCUUUUCCCGCCCAAUAAUUUUAUUGCAGUUUGAAUACCCACAAAUUACAUAUUAAUAUUAAUAUGCAAGUAUAAUAAGGGCUAAUCUGCAACUUAUACAAAAUGAACUCAUUUUAUAUUGUUUAAGGAUUUAUUAUUAUUAUUUAUUUAUGUAUUACAUAAUUAAAAAACAUUAUAUUACAGGAAGUUAAAUAUAU